CUAUUGGCUGUUUCCCUGCCGUGGCCGAUGAGAGGUUUGAUGGAUGCAGGUGAGAGUUGAGGUUAGGACGGAGCGGUGGCGAUGUUCUGUUAGUGAAUGCGGGAAGUUCAGAGAUGGCGGCGGUGCACCAUUGUUCAGGCGGCCGGACGGUAUUGACUCGGUGAGGCGAAGGGACAGCUAAGUGGCGACUGCACUUCGGGCCUGUUUGAAUUUGACCUUGGAGUUAAGCGCUGAGGCAGUGAGAUUGUGUUGGCCUCUCCAUCCUGGCUGUGAGCGAUUGAAUGAUGGCUGGACUUAUCAACUUCCAGAAUGAAGCAGAAGUGAGAGAGUUUCUGGACAAUCUAGGAAUCGAGUACAGUUACCAGUGUCACAAGGAGAAAGAUCCGGAAGGGUGUCAACGUCUUGCUGAUUAUUUGGAAGGAAUUAAAAAAAAUUAUGAAGCAGCUGCUCAGGUAUUGAAACACAACUGUGAGGAAAACCAGCAUGGUGAAAGCUGCUAUAAGCUUGGUUCUUACUAUAUGAUUGGAAAAGGUGGAUUACAACAAAAUCUGAAGACUGCCUAUGAAUGCUUUGUUAAAUCAUGUGGAAAAGAUGGUAAGAAGUCAGUUGAUGCCUGCCACAAUGCUGGAUUGUUAGCUCAUGAUGGACAAGCAUUCGAUAAUAAACCAGAUUCUGUGAAAGCCAGAGAUUACUACACCAAAGCCUGCAAUGGGAAUUUCGUAGCCAGCUGUUUCAAUCUAAGUACUCUCUACAUCCAGGGAGCACCAGGAGUGACCAAGGAUAUGGCCAUGGCCCUAAAAUAUUCUCUUAAAGCAUGCGAUCUAGGGCAUAUCUGGGCAUGUGCAAACACUAGUCGAAUGUACAAACUAGGAGAGGGUACAUCUAGAGACAAUGAAAAGGCUGAACUUUUCAAAAACAGAGCACAAGAUUUGCAUAGGGAGCAAAAGGAAUAUUCACAGCAGUUAAAGUUUGGCCAGUAAAAUCAAAUUCUGACUUAAAAUUGUUUUUUUUUAUUGGUAUAUCUCUGCUAAAUAAAAUCAUGUUGAAUUGUGCAAAUGUUGGGUGAGGACAGAAUUGGGCUCAACUGUGAUUUUCUGUGAUCAUAUACCCUGCUAAAACGCGCACAUGAAUGGUGAUCACAUAGAAGGAAAAGCAUUGGCGAUUGGUGCCUGUGGAAUGGUCUACCAGGAAGAAACUCAUUCUUAGCAAGGAAUGGAAGAAGAAAAUAUUAAAGGAAGAGAAUCAAGGGAGCUAAGCCUUUAGAAGUAUAUAAAAUGUACUCUGUGAUCUACCUUUGUUAAUUAGAAAUGCUCAAUGGUCUGGUGGCUUAUUUAAACCUGCAAUUGUAAUAUCUCUCAAAUUGCACCCCAAACAUUAAAUGGAUAGAGAAGUAAUAUUUUCCACUGUAAUUAGCUGUAGUCUGCAAAGGAACAUAGAUAUCUUUCUCCAUUAGACAUAGACAAUUGGUUAUAUAGCUUGAUGGACACCACUCCACAUCAAGCGUAGGGUAAGACAAGGAGACAAGCCUUGGAUAAAAGUAGAGAAAUUCAAAUAAAAAUACUGGAAGAGGCAUAUGACGGUAGUAGGGGAGUGAUGCAAGAAAAUCAAGCAAAGUAUAUAAAAUAGAAGGGAGUGACAAUGAGGAGGAGAAAGGCAAGAUGGUAUAAAGCAAGACUGACUGGUAACGAGAAAUUAUGAAGAAUUUUAGAAAUAUAAAUAAAAGAGCAGCUGACAAAGGAUACAACCAGUUAGAGAUGAAAAAAAAAUGGAAGAUGAAAGAAUACAAGAGGUAUUAAAUGAUUACUUUGGCUCCAUUUUCACAGAAGACUGUGAUAAUGUCAGAAUGCAAGAGGAAGAGCAAAUAAAAAGGCUAACUAUAGAUAAGGAAGUAAUUACUGAUACAAAUGGUGGAACUCCCAAAGUGGAAAAGGCACUGGGCUCAGAUGGCAUGUAUCAUAGCAUGCUGAAGGAAGCCAAUGAGGAAAUGAUUGAACACUAACAAAAGGAAAUAACUAAAACCCGAUUGGAACAUUUCAAACAUUUCUGAAUAUGAAAGUAGCUCCAGGGGACUAGAGAACUGGUAAUGUAAUAUCUCUGGUGAGAAAGGAAUGAAUUGGCUAAUUACAGACAAUUAGUAUUGCAUCCAUAGUAGGUUAGCUUCUAGCACCUAUCAUACAGAAUCAACUUAAAACUAACUGAGAAAAUACAUGAGUCAGUCAAGGACUGAAAGGCCUGGAUAGAGUGGACGUGGGGAAGAUGUUUCCAUUAGUAAGAGAGACUAGGACCUGAGGGCACAGCCUCAGAGUAAAGGAAAGACCUUUUAGAACAGAGAUGAGGAGAAACUUCUUUAGCCAGAGAUUGGUGAAUCUAUGGAAUUCAUUGCCACAGAAGGCUGUGAAGGCCAGGUCAUUGAGUGUAUUUAAAACCGAGAUAGAUAGGUUCUUGAUUGGUAAGGGGAUCAAAGGUUACGGGGAGAAGGCGGGAGAAUGAGCAGACUUGAUGGGCCGAAUGGCCUAAUUUCUGCUCCUAUGUCUUAUGGACAGUCAGCACCAAACUUUUAAACAACAAAUCCUACCUGAUUAAAGAGAAUUAUUUGAGCAAGUGAUGGUAUGUGUUCAUGGAAUUUCAAAAGACAUUAGAUAAAUUGCAGCACAGGAGGUUUUUGGAAUAAGGGUACAUAACACCUAACAUUUCAACCAUUACAUAUCCUAACAAUGAGCAAAAAUAGAAAUUCUCUUAAUAUCUCCCUUUGCCCUUUUGGUGAUAUCUUAAGUUUAUGUCCUGUAGUCACCAGUUCACUAUGAGUAUAAAUAGUUUUUCACAAUUCACCUUUUCAAAGCCCUCCAUGGUUUUUCUUAACAUUCUUUGUUCUAAUAAAAGUCAGUUUGUCUGAUCUAUUCUCAUAAUCAUUAUUAUAGUGAAUCUCUUCUGCACCCUCUCCAUGACUCUGAUAUCUUCAAUACAUAGAAUUUCCAUUAAUGUACUCAAUACAGUUUUGUAACUGAUGAAUUGUGCUGGUUUAGUCUCAUUGUUUUUCUACUCAGUGUCCAACUGAACAAAUUUAGGAUUUAAUAUAAUUUUUAAAAUAUAUUAAAAAUAGUUUUAUCA